UUUUCCUCAAAUUUAAUUAAUUGUUAGAUCAGAUCAAUCAGAAUGGGCGGGCCGGCCUGCCCGUGACUAUCUUUGCGCCGGCACGAGCUCGACGAUCCUUCCGCUCUGCAGCGAUGGGUUGUGACGCCUACUGUCUUGGCGGCGGCUCAACGUUGUUUUCGACGGCGGCUGUCCGUUGCCGGAAACGGACUACUCGAUGCGAACUUGCUAGUGAUGGGGACUCCGUUGAGCCCAGGGAUCGUCACUGGUAUAAUCCAAAGAGGCGUCGUCCGCUGACCUACCGCCGUUGGCUCGAAGCUGAGAACUGCUCCGCCUUGCUUGAUUCCGGAGAAGAUAGGUUCAUGCUGAUGUCUUAUAACAUCCUGGGUGUCAAUAAUUCUUUGGAACAUCCUGACCUUUAUAUGAAUGUUCCUUUUGAUGCUAUGCAAUGGGAGUCAAGGAAACGGCUCAUUUGUGAGGAAAUUAGAAGAUGGAAGGCUGAUAUAGUAUGCCUGCAGGAAGUGGAUAGAUAUUAUGAACUUGAGACUAACAUGAAGAAGGAUGGAUAUAUUGGUAGAUACAAGCGCCGCACCGGAGAUGCCAAGGAUGGAUGUGCUAUAUUUUGGAAAAGUAGAAGGUUUCGCUUACUUGAGGGGCGUGAAAUUGAGUUCAAAUCUCUUGGUCUUCGUGAUAAUGUAGCUCAACUGCUUGUUUUUGAGACAGGUAAGCAGAAAAUUGAUUCAAGAAGGGUAGUCAUUGGUAAUAUCCAUAUCCUUUUUAAUCCAAAGCGGGGAGAUAUCAAGUUAGGACAGGUCCGCAUACUGUUGCAGGAGGCACAAGUUCUUUCAGAGAAAUGGGGUGGAAUACCAAUAGCACUUGCUGGUGAUUUCAACAGCACCCCGAGAAGUGCGAUUUAUGAGUUCUUGUCAACAUCAGAGUUAAAUAUCACCAGACAUGAUAGAAAAUUCCUGUCUGGGCUGGAAAGAUUUCAACCUACCCUUCAUAGUUUCUGUGGCUUGAUUAAUCAUUCGUGGACUGAUGAGGAGUUGAAAAAUGCUACUGGUCAUUCAAGCUGCAAGCUACUUACACAUCCUUUUAAAUUACACAGCUCAUAUGCUCGCAUCAGCGGUGCUGGAAGGACUAGGGAUUUGUGUGGAGAACCAUUAGCUACUACCUAUCAUUCGAAGUUUAUGGGAACUGUCGACUAUUUAUGGUAUUCAGGAGGACUUGCACCAGCUAGGGUUCUGGAUACACUGCCCAUUGCUACAUUGAAAAGUAUGGGUGGUCUCCCAAGCAUGAAUAUUGGAAGUGAUCACUUGCCUUUGGCUUCUGAGUUUGUCUUCAUCACCAGGUCUUCAGACUUAAAAUCCCAGGGCCAAGCAACAGAAAACGAAGCAACUUUGGAUAGAUUUCUCAAGCUAAACAGCUAAUUUUAGUCCUUUUACCUUCUUUUACUGUAUGAACUUUUAUUGGAAGAAUGCAGAAGGUAAAAAAAGAGAACUUUAUAGUCCUUCAGCUGUUCAGCAUUCACUGAAUCAAUGUGCAUGGAGGAUUCUUUGUAGGAAAGAGAGGGGAAGGGAUUGAACAGGCUCAUAAUGUACCCUCUUGACUCCAACACAUUAGUUUAUAACAUAUGAUUGCAUGCUUUCCUCAUGGGUUUAUUGGCAUUUAACUUAUUGUCUUCAAAGAGAAAUUUCAAUUGAAAGUUAUUUUGUACUA